AUGAAUAACCUUACAAAUCUGGAAUUGCUAUUUUUAAACGAUAACUUCUUGUAUGGCUAUCUUCCAGAAAAUAUUUGUCUGGGUGGGAGACUUAAAAGGGUUGCAGUAAGACAUAACCAUUUUACAGGUUCCAUUCCAAAAAGCAUGAGAAACUGCAGCUCCUUAGUCUCUGUUUCACUUGGAGUGAAUGAAUUUACAGGAAAUAUGUCAGAAGACUUUGGAAUGUACCAAAACCUGGUAUACAUGGACUUAGGCAACAAUAAUUUUUUUGGAAAACUUACUAGAAAUUGGGGACACUGUCAAAAACUAACGAUGCUGAACAUCUCUAACAAUAAACUUUCUGGCAUGCUACCUCCUGAACUUGGGAAAGCUACUCAAUUGCAGAAACUUGAUCUGUCGUCCAAUCUUCUUGUAGGGAAAAUUCCAAAGGAAUUGGGUCAACUGAGAUUGCUUUACAUUCUUAAACUCAAUAAUAAUACACUUUCUGGAAAUGUUCCUACUCAAAUUGGGAUGUUAUUUGACCUUCAACAGCUUGACCUUGCAGACAACAAAUUGGGUGGACCAUUUCCCAAACAUUUGCAGCAGUGUGCAAACCUAGAAAACUUGAACUUGAGAAACAAUAGAUUCAAUGGGGCUGUUCCUUUUCAGAUUGGGAAUUUUCACUCUCUUCGAAAUGUUGAUCUAAGUCGGAAUAUGCUUAUAGGAGAGUUGCCUCCAGAGCUUGGAAAUUUGUUUUUGUUAGAAACACUCAACCUAACCCAUAACAAUUUCAUAGGCUCAAUACCAGCUUCAUUUCAAAAGCUAAUAAGUUUGACAUCCGUUGAUGUAUCCUACAAUCAAUUAGAAGGUCCUCUUCCCCACAUCAAAGCUUUCAUUGAAGCUCCUUUUGAAGCCUUGGAAGAUAAUAAAGGGUUGUGUGGUAACAACACUAGUUUGAAGCCUUGCCCCACACCUAAAGAUAAAAAUAGAAAUCAAGCUGUAAUUGCAAUCGUAGUAUCCAUCUCCAGCAUUCUAUUUUUAUUGUUUAUCAUUGUUGGGAUUGUUUUUAUUUGCAAAAGAAGAGUGAGGAAUAUGGAUGAACCAAGAGAAAUACAAACUGAAGCUUUCUUUGCAGCAUGGAACCAUGAUGGGAAAAAAGUUCAUGAAGAAAUAGUUGAAGCGAAUUUUGAUUCCAAAUAUUGCAUUGGAGUUGGAGGGAAUGGAAGUGUGUAUAAAACACUGCUAUCAACUGGUCAACUUGUUGCUGUGAAAAAGUUCCAUGAGAAUGAUGGAAUAGACCAUCAACAAGCUUUCAAAAGCGAGACAAGUAUUUUGCCAAAAGUGCGCCAUAGAAAUAUCAUCAAGCUUUUUGGAUUUUGUUCGCAUACAAGAUACUCAUUUUUGGUGUAUGAGUUCAUGGAACUGGGAAGUUUGGUAAAGAUAUUGAGUGACAAUGAAAAGGCAACGGAGUUGGAAUGGUUCAAGAGAGUGAAUAUUAACAAAGGUUUGGCAAAUGCGACAUCCUAUCUGCACCAUGAAUGUUUUCCAGCUAUAGUCCACAGAGACAUAUCUAGUAAGAAUGUUCUGUUGGAUGAUGAAUGUGAAGCUCACAUUUAUGACUUUGGUUCUGCUACAACUUCAGCUGCUCUAUAUUCUGCUUCUGUAGUUGACAGAGACACAGUUGGUUGUCUUUUACUGCACCAAGAUACUGCUCCUGAACCAAGGCUGAAUAUAUAUCCAGUAGUCGAUCGUCGUGUAUCAUGA